UAGCGUUAACGCCGUUAACAACGUUGCGUGGGGUUGGCAGCAGUGCCUCAACUCAACAUCAGUUGGCUUUCGCCGUGCGAGAAGUGCGCGAAGUACCGAGGCUCUAGUGGGGCGCGCAUUGGAUUUGUACGAAAGAAGGAAAUUAAUCUACGACAACGUGGCAGCCUCAAAAUGAGUGGAAUACUCAAGCUCUCGUGCCUACUAGCGCGAAAGUCCAGCGUCGCCUUGAAAAAAUUGGGCCUUCCUGUGGUAGCGAAUCGUGACUUUCAUUACACGCCAAGCGGAAAUGCUGCCAAGGUUUCGGACGCCAUAUCCAAGCAAUACCCGGUGGUUGAUCAUACCUAUGACGCUGUGGUUGUGGGUGCGGGAGGUGCUGGGCUCAGGGCAGCAUAUGGACUUGUGGCCGAGGGAUUCAAAACUGCGGUAGUAACAAAACUAUUUCCCACAAGAUCUCACACCGUAGCAGCUCAAGGUGGCAUUAAUGCUGCAUUAGGAAAUAUGGAGGAAGACAACUGGCAGUGGCACAUGUACGAUACUGUCAAAGGAUCCGACUGGCUCGGUGAUCAAGAUGCUAUUCAUUAUAUGACACGGGAGGCCCCAAAAGCUGUUAUAGAAUUGGAGAACUGCGGCAUGCCCUUCAGUCGUACUAAUGACGGUAAAAUCUAUCAGCGUGCUUUCGGUGGCCAGUCCUUGAAAUUCGGCAAAGGUGGUCAAGCGCACAGGUGCUGUUGCGUCGCAGACAGAACAGGACACUCACUUUUGCACACGUUGUACGGCCAAUCGUUGAGCUACGAUUGCAACUACUUUGUUGAAUAUUUCGCUUUGGACUUGUUGAUGGAAGAUGGCGAGUGUCGGGGCGUCAUUGCACUUUGUCUAGAAGAUGGCACGAUUCAUCGUUUCCACGCAAACAACACCGUACUCGCAACUGGUGGUUACGGACGUGCUUAUUUCUCGUGUACUUCAGCUCACACUUGCACUGGCGAUGGCACAGCUAUGGUCUCCAGAGCUAAUCUACCGAACCAAGAUCUUGAAUUCGUACAGUUCCAUCCUACCGGAAUUUAUGGCGCUGGAUGUUUAAUCACCGAGGGCAGUCGUGGCGAAGGCGGUUACCUAGUGAACAGUCAGGGUGAAAGAUUCAUGGAACGUUACGCACCAGUAGCAAAAGAUCUCGCAUCUCGUGAUGUUGUUUCGCGUUCAAUGACCAUCGAGAUACGCGAGGGACGCGGCGUUGGUCCGGAAAAAGAUCAUAUUUAUCUGCAGCUCCACCAUUUGCCUCCAGAGCAAUUGGCGGCUAGAUUACCCGGCAUUUCCGAGACUGCUAUGAUUUUCGCUGGUGUCGAUGUCACGCGUGAACCUAUUCCUGUACUUCCCACGGUACAUUACAACAUGGGCGGAGUACCCACAAAUUACAGAGGACAAGUUCUGACGUCACAGAACGGUCAAGACAAAAUUGUACGUGGCUUAUACGCUUGUGGCGAAGCCGGAUGCGCCUCGGUUCACGGUGCUAAUCGUUUAGGUGCCAACUCACUUCUCGAUCUUGUUGUUUUCGGACGUGCUUGUGCGAAAACUAUUGCGGCUGAGAACAAACCCGGUGAAAAAGUAGCUCCUCUCAGGCCGAGCGCUGGUGACGAAUCUGUUGCGAAUUUGGAUGCCGUAAGACAUUCGGACGGAUCGAUUACCACUGCUGAAUUGAGGCUAAGUAUGCAAAAAACUAUGCAAACGCACGCUGCAGUUUUCCGGGAAGCACAAACACUUCAAGAAGGCUGUCGCAAAAUGACUGAUCUUUACAAGAAAAUGGACGAGAUCAAAGUGUCCGAUCGCUCACUUAUCUGGAAUUCCGACCUCGUGGAGACUCUUGAACUUCAAAAUCUUAUGAUAAAUGCGAUGCAAACUAUUUUUGGUGCUGAGAACCGAAAAGAGAGCCGCGGAGCUCACGCUCGCGAAGAUUUUAAGGACCGCGUCGACGAGUUUGACUACAGCAAGCCUUUGGAGGGACAACAGCCUAAGCCGAUAGAACAACACUGGAGAAAGCAUACGCUAUCGACCAUUGAUCCGAGGACGGGAAAGGUGACAUUGAAUUACCGACCAGUUAUAGAUAAUACGUUGAAUAAGGAAGAAUGCGCCACUGUGCCACCUGCAAUUCGUUCCUACUAGAUUCUCCAUUUCACUAGUACCUUUGUGAACUUUAGUCAUUUGCUCUCCUCGACAAGAAAAAAUAACGAAAUUCGAGUCUCCGCCAUGACGCCAAGUCCCUUUUCAUGGCACGAUAUUGUGAUGAGAAAGAAAAAAGAAAAAUCGAAUGCGGAUAGAUGAAACUUUGUGCCGAGAUAAUCAGGAAUUUCCGCAACUAGAGAGCAGCAACUGUAUUUAUUUUCUCCCUACCCCCGCCCCUUUGACGAGUGAAAAGAAGAGGUAAUGAAAAGGAACAAGUCGAAAUUCCAAAUUUAAGAAAAAAAGAUACUGACGUGCACGAAUAUUCGUUCAAGCAAAUAUCACGUUUUCUUAAUUUCAUUUUGAAUUUAUAAGAUUCGUGGUUCUCGCCGAAUGGGUGAUUGUACCGUCGAUUUUCAUUCGAAAUUCUUUGAAAUUACUUGGAACGCUUUGUUUUUAACGCAUAAAGUGAACUCCGAUCGAUAUUUUUUUUGCAAUAGAAAAGUGGUUCAUUAUUUCUCUGCCUAACGCCAUUCUGGAUGAAAUAAAACUAAAAUAUGAGAGAGUGAGAAGAGACAGAGAGCGCCUUCGAAGGAGAGGUAACAUCAAAAUGAAAAUCGUGGCGGCUUCGUACUUAAAAAGCCACUGCAAUUGUUGGAACAGCAUAAUUUCCCCACAAUUUUUCCUGUGUACUUUUUCUCAAACAACGUUACCAGAACUGGUCAAUUCGUUUCGAGGUUUAUCUUAAGAUCCCAAGAAAAAAGUCCAGGAGAAUUCGAGUAUUUUUUUUGUUUUUUCUUCAUUAAAAUUUUUGAACAUAUUUUUUAUUGUGUAAUUUUUAUUCCCCCAUCGUCGUAUUUUCAAGAAACCAGUAUUGUUUUACACGAUUAUAAAUACACACUCUGAUCCGCGUGGUUGUUGCAGUUUUAUUCCGGUUCAAAGGGUGUCUACUUAAUUUCAUUAAUUUUUUCUUGCAAUUCGAUGUUUAUACCUUAAACGAAACGCUCUAAUUUUCUAUGGGGAUUUUUUUAAGAAACCUUUUGCGCCGCAAGACGAAAUAGAGCAACUAAUGGAAUCUUUGUAAUUUUUUUACAUCAGAAAAUUUUUGAAACAAAUAAAGAGUCAAAAGAAUCGUAGACAUUGAUCACGAUGCCAAAAACGGCACAAGCUCAGAGUUCGAAAUACUCGCGCUCGAAACGGUAGAAAAUAUUUUAAUUAAUAAUAGGAGCACUUGAAGCUCGUUAAUGAAAUAUAGAUAUAAGGAUAGGCCUUUGAAGAUCUGAAGAUUGAUGGAAGAGAAUCUCUCAAAUGUGUGACCUCGACAGAAUGUGUAAAUACGAUUAAGAUGUUCCGUCAAUAAAAGAUUGAUAAAGCGUUUAUCACAUCA